AUAUGUUAUGUAAGAUCUACCGUUGAUAUGUCAAUUUUUGUUUCCAAGAUGAACGUUGGAGAUAUUUAACAAAGUGCAUUGUCUAUCAGAUUGGGUGGCUAUAAGAGCAUCAUUGACUAGCCUUAAAAUCAUGUAAAAAAAUUUUGCCAUCCAAUUUGACAAAUAGGAGUAAUGUCAGCACACAAGCCCUUUUCGAGACGAAGCCCUUUUGAGACAGGUCAUUUAUUGGAAAAAAUUUUAAAUAUUUUUUUAAGUAAUUCAGUGGAAUGACUAGCCGUAUUUUUAAAUCGUUAAGUGAUUUUUUAAAGCGUUAGAUGCCAGGACUUUAACAGGGGCACGAAGGGUCAUUUUUCAUUGUUUAUACAUUAUAGUAUAUUUACAAAUGAGAGGUGAAGUUACAGGCAGACCUAUUCUCUUCUUGACUAAAAAAUUUAGAGAGAGAGAGAGAGAGAGAGAGAUUUUGGAAUGGAAGGGAAGUUGGAGUUUGGGAGCAGUGAUGUCAGCUUGUGGAAGCAGGCGCUGUCUUCUUACCCGACGCGAUUGCAGGCGGUGAAGAAAGCAGAGAUCGUGGAGCUGGACUCCUUUUAUACCAAACAACUCCCCACCCUUCUCCACCAAAGAGACCCCAAUCCUCACAUCACCAAGUCCGAGCUCUCUAAGCUCAUGCAAUGGAAGCUCACCAGAGGAAAAUGGCGGCCUCGGCUUAUGAGUUUUGUUUCUUCAUUGGAUGAGGAGCAAGUGAAGUAUGCUUCUGAGAAGGCAUUUGGUAGUCUUCCUGAUUUGAGUGAGGCUGUCUCUGCUUUGACCACACUCAAAGGGGUGGGCCCUGCAACCGCAUCUGCUAUCCUCGCCUCCUAUGCACCCCACAUUGCACCUUUCAUGUCUGAUGAGGCCAUGCUGGCAGCUCUAGGCAAUGCCAAGGAGUAUACACUCAAGCAGUAUCUUUCAUUUGCAGAGAAACUCCAAGCUAAAGCAAAGGAAUUAAGCAUAGGAGGAGUGGUUUUCACACCAUCAGACGUCGAGAGAGCCUUGUGGGCCACAGAAAUCAGUUUGAAAAUUCCAGCCUCCACAGUGAAGAACUCAUCUCCAGAAAGGAAGAAAAAACGCCAAAGAAAAUCUCAAUGAUCUUCAUCAUCACUAAAUUUACAGAUAGCAUCAGUUUUGUAAACUGGGUACUAAGUAUCUUGUAAUUUUUAACAUAUAGCAUAUACCAAAGUUUUCUAUGUAAUUGGCCACUUUCUUGGCUGAUUACCCACUGACAUGCAAUCUUUUAAGGGAUCCAUUCUGGUAA